AUGCACUGGAAAUACUCUUCUACUGAGUCCAAGUGGCCCAUCGAGACCUGCCCAGAUGACUGGGUGCAGACAGGGAUGAACAAAGGCGUUGUGACGCCCGGGGUGGGGCAUCGCUACAUAGGGCCCAUGUGCAGCCUCGCUACGUACGACGCAUGCGCCAUACAUAGCGAUGCCACACAUGCGCUGUACAUGGUGGUUUGCCAGUGGCAGUACUGCAGCACAGUACGGACGGUGCCGGGAUCCCUCCAUUGCUGCUACAGCCGCGAACAGAGGGAUCCCACCACCAUCUGUACAGCACUCGAGCGGCGCCGACAGCAAACCGCUAUCAACAUAAUCGUGCGGCUGGGGAAACACAACCUGGCGGUCCGGGAAGAAGGGGAGCAGACCCGGAGGGUGGUCAGGUACUUCCGCCACCCGCGUUUUGACCCCCGUACCCUCAACAAUGACGUCAUGAUGCUGAAGCUGGAGAGGCCAGUCCCCUUUACACAGAAUCUACAUCCUCUGGAGUUACCCAGAGGCUGCUCUGCCCCUGGGACGGAGUGCCUUGUUUCUGGCUGGGGCACCCUCACUACGCCACAAGCCACUUUCCCAAACAUCCUGCAAUGUGGAAACGUCAGGAUUAUCAGCUCAGAGACAUGUUCAGCUUCUUAUCCUAACAGCAUCACGAAUGGGAUGGUUUGUGCUGGUGUACCAGAAGGUGGAGUGGACUCCUGUCAGGGCGACUCUGGAGGGCCUCUCGUCUGCAAUCAGCAGCUGGAGGGGAUCGUCUCCUGGGGCUUGGAGAAAUGUGCCCAGCCCAACCGGCCAGGGGUUUACAGCAGAGUAUGCAAGUAUGUCAACUGGAUCCAACAAAUCAUGUGGAACAACUGA